GGGCAAUUUGAAUCGAAGCGACAGUCCGGCACGAUGACCGGCGACGUAGCGGCGGCUUGCACGUGCGUCCUGGAAAAUGACGGACGUCUCGAGAAGUGGCGGGAAGUGUGUCACAAUUACUACUUUCUCCACGAUCCAUCGGCCAAGGCGCUGCUGGACGCGUACGAACAGGCCAAGCAGCAGCUGCAAGGCACAGUCGACGACAACACGCAAUCCAUGGAUGCGUUCAUUGCGAUCGACAUCCCACGGUCGUUGUCGCCAUGCGCAGUGUCCAAUGUGUCGAUUGUACAUCCGUCGGUCGAGGAUAUUGGGCUGGCAAGGUGUCCGUUGCCUAACCACGACGCGACCUUUGAUGCCAACCUGCUCCAACUCGAAAAGAUCAAGACACGCGUUCGCGGCGAGUACCAUUCGCAUCUGGCCAACGCGCGGUAUGACGCGUUCCACCGACACCUCGAUGCAGUCCAGUCUUGCCAUUACCACGUGGACGCCCUCGACGGCUUGCUCCACAUUCGCCCGGUACCGCCUGGCGGGUACCUCCGUCGGUCGGACGACCUCGAUGUUGUACGGGGCAAGCUCCUGCGGUUCCUUGGGGACUGGGUGCCGCACAUUGGGACUCAUCCGUUCCUCCAUGGCCUGCGCCGUCUUCUCGAGAGCAACAUGGCUAGCGCCACCGUUGUGGGCUGGCAAGUGUCCGACGCGGUGUUUGUCGAGAGCGGUGGCACUGAGUUUGCACAAGCGGCGGCUACGGUCCUCGUCGAUACGCUUCAAUGUGGCCAUACCGUUCUCUCCAAAGAUGACGACGUGAAGGCCGCGGACCGACUGUGGGUUUUGGACCCGUACGUGUCCAACGCGCACCUGCGUCGAAUCGUGUGGCUGUUUCCGGCACCGACGUCGCUGGAAGGCCGUGCGACAGGGGUCGAAGUCCCCACCGUGUUCAGUCGACCGAAUGCACGAGGCCAGCACGACGAAAUCCCGGCUUGGCGAAAAGUCUGUACUGUGUUGUAGUCGAUAUAUGCUGGAUUGAAAUAUACGACGUGGUGUCAGCGGCGCAUGCAGGGGAAUUCCUAGCCCCUGGACGACCUGGCCAACGUGUAGUGGGGCCUCCCGACAAGAGCA